CUGAAAACAAAAUCAAAUCAAAUAAAUCCAAACAAAAUAAAAUUGAUAAAAAUUAAAUGCAAAGAACAUUCGCAUGUGUGUGGUGGUGGAAAGAAAAUUUAAAGCAAAAUUUAAAAUUAGAAAAAGAAAAAAAAGAAAACGAAGAAUUUGAAAUAAAGUUGAGUACAAAAUUUCAAAGUUUGGCAAAGUAGGACUCGAGCAUUCUACGAUAUAUAAGAAGAAGAACAAGCCUUAUAGAAAGCAACUGACAACAAAGCAGCAGCCAAAGAAACAGCAAAGCUAUAACAAGUUAUCACAUCACAUACAUAAUUCCUAUAUCAUCCGCGAAUUUCAUAGCAAUAAAUAAAAUCGAAUCAUAAAUAAAAUUACUUCAAAUACCAAAAUACCAAAAUACCAAAAUACCAAAACUGAGUCAAAACUGCUAUACAAAAAAAAAUAUAACAAUAUUUAAAUAUUUAGACGGAGCAAUAAUUACAUAUACCAACUCCAACGCACUAAAGACCGUUCACGUAGAGGGUCGACAAGUCUUAGGCUGGUAAAGACUUAAGUGCUAAAACGAGACAAAAUAUAUUUAACUCAAAACUAAACAUAAUAAGGAGAAAUAUCUUAUUUGCAGCUAAACAGUAUAUAACAAAACAAUAUACAGAACUGCGGCGAAUUUAUAAAUAUCAACUUAACUGUGUAAAACAAAGAAUUGAAAAAUAUCUGCCAAAAGAUAAAAAAACCCCAACCUAAGUACCCAUACCAACACAAAAAUUUCAGCUAAACUUUUCAAUAAAGUAUAAGCAAAAAACUACUAAGCACAAACGACACUUCAAAGGAGAAGAGCAUUAGAAGUGUAUAGGAGAAAACCGCACUCAAUUUAAACGCAUGUACAUAUGUGUGUGUUGACAUCGGUAGUCAUAAAACAUAAAAUUCACGGCUUACCUACUUACACACCAACAAAAAUUUCUAUAAACAAAAACUUAACGAGCCAAUAGACGUGGCUUCGCAAUCGCACACCGACACCAGUUUCUUUGUAAACACAGAGUGUGGCACGUCACGCGAAACAGUAUCUCUGCCAAGAGCCGUAGAACACAUGCGUGUGUGUGUUUCCGUCCGUCUAUCUUACUAAAAGUAUAAAAUACCAAAUAAACAAGAAAAAGGAGAAGGCCGAUUAGUAAACAAACGCACGACACGACUGCAUCUGCAUAUAGAGUGAGAGUAUACUGACUCACUCAAACGGGAAGGCGAAGCAAGCAAUAACAACAACAAGAAGAAAUUAGGCAUUUGCUUUGAAUUGAGAGUACACGAAGUUGACUAGUGUGAGAGCACGAGUGUGAUUACUUCGCUGUGGCUGUUGGCAUCUUAUGAUGUCAUCAGAGGAGGACACAGACUGUUUUGGGUUGUACAGUGAUGAAAAGUUAUUGUUAAAGACAACAACUUUGUCAGCUUUAUCGUCGUCGUUGUCGUUGUCGUCGUCGUCGUCGUCGUCGUCGUCGUCGUCAUCGUCGUCUGAAUCGGAAUCGCAACAGCAGCAACCACCACCAUCGCAGUUGCUCAAAAAUAAUAUUAGUAGCAACAGCAACAACAACAACACCAACACCAACAUUAAAGAGGAAAACGACGAUGUCAUAGUCGUGCUUGAAGGUAGUGGUGAUACGAAAAGUAACUGCAGUAGCAAACAAGUCGUAGAACGAACUGGCGAAAGUAGUCAGUGUGGUGCCGUCAACAAGACAACAACGUGUACCGGAAAGAAAAACGCGUCUUUAUCCUUAAAAUUGUCGUUGUCAUCAACGUCGUCAACGUCGUGUGCUUUAUUAUUAAAUUCGAACUCAGCAUUUUUACAUACUACCAGUGAUAAUAAUAAUUGUGAACCACAACAAAAUCACUCAAAAAAUUUACUAAAUAAUAAUUGUAGUAAUAAUAAUAAUAUUAAUUGUAGUGAAACGAAAUCUUAUUCAGCAAUUCCAACAUUUAACACACAAUUAACAUCCUUAUCUGCCCAUACAAGUCCAGCAUUAUCAUUGACUUCGUCGCCACCAAUAACGCCGUCAACAGCCGCUGCCUUCAUGAGUAGUGCUGCUGCGGCUGCUGCGGGUGCCGCUGGAGGAGCUCUAUAUGGAGCUUUAUUGAGUCAACAGAAUACAUCUCCAACGUCUUCUUUAGUGUCCGGUACAAAUAACGCGAGUGUUAAUUCCAAUACGAACAAUCAUAAUAGUUCACCUGUGUCUGGUUCCGCAUCCUCGUCACCGACCGCAUCGCUGCUGUCAGGCAAUUUCACAGCGGCGCUCGGUAAUCUAUUCGGUGCUAACGGUUUCGGUUCAGCAAAAAUGUUAAACGAACUCUUCGGACGCCAAAUGAAACAAGCACAAGAUGCUACCAGUGGUCUGCCCAACACUCUGGACAAUGCCAUGCUUGCUGCUGCUAUGGAGUCGGCAACAAGUGCAGAGCUCCUCAGCGCAGCGGGUUUAGUGAAUAGUUUAAAUUUAAAUGCCACAAGCAAAUUGCUCAAUAAUAAUACAAUAAAUAGUUUGAAUAGUUUAAGUAAUGCAAAUGUCACAAAUAAUGGUGUCUCCUCAAUGGGGGACAACCAACACACUUCAUCGCAAUCACCAAAGAAUCGUCGCAUUAGUAACUCCAGUGAUCGUUCUUUGGAAGAUGGAGUAGGAAGUUCUAGAAUAGGUGAUGCAAGCUCACCACCGCGAGCACCUUCGGUAAGUGCCAGCACAGCAAUAACUGGUGCAACUUCCACAAAUAAUGCCAUAGGCAAUGUUUCUCCAAAUACACAACAACAACAAAACGACUUAGCUCACCAUAUGUUGCGGAAUAUACUGCAAGGUAAGAAAGAACUGAUGCAACUCGAUCAGGAACUACGUUCUGUGAUAAGCCAGCAGCACCAACAGAAAGACAGCCAAGAACUCAAACAUAAUAACAACAAUUCUUCAGCCGCCAACAACAAUAAUGUCUCAAAUAAGUCGUCCAGUAAUAAUGUGAUAAGCCUAUUGGAAGAUACCAAGCCAGAUAUACAAAUCAAAAGUGAACCAAAUGUGCAACACAGUAAUGGUGACUUAUCAUUCACAGAACGACGCAAGUCCUCGGACUCGGAUACUGCUACUCUACAAAAUGAUGAUGAGCCACAGUCUGAAAGUGAUCACCUAGACCAGCAAGAUGUGGAGCCACAAGAUGAACAAAGAUUAUCAGCAGAGUUAGCAGUUGGUGUCACAAAAAAGGAGGCUGAUGAGAUAUUGGAAGACGUUGAACUAAUGGGCUUGAAUUCCAGAUCCGAUUUGGAGUCAUUAGCUUCACCCAGUAAUUCUGAUAUGAUGCUGCUUGAUGGUAAGGAUGAGCUUGAAGAGGAGUUAGAAAAAGAUGCUGCUAUGCUUAAAAAGCCAGGUAUGGAUAUGAAACGCGCAAGAGUAGAAAACAUCGUAUCAUCAAUGCGCUCAAGUCCCUCAUCGCAUCAACCACAUUUACAGGUAAACGGUUGCAAAAAACGUAAACUAUAUCAGCCACAGCAACAUGCAAUGGAGCGGUAUGUGGCCGCAGCAGCAGGCUUGAAUUUAGGUUUGAAUCUCCAAAGCAUGAUGUUAGAUGAUGAAGGAUCUGAUGAGAUGGAGUCACCACAAAUACAACAAAAAAGAGUAGAAAAGAAUGCACUCAAGUCUCAACUUCGCUCAAUGCAGGAGCAACUUGCCGAAAUGCAACAAAAAUACGUGCAAUUAUGUUCUCGCAUGGAACAAGAAUCAGAGUGUCAAGACAUUGAUGAUACUGCCAGUGAUAGUAUUGAGAUGGACGAAAAUAACGGAGAUCUUUCACCAUCACCAUCACUUACAGCCGAAUCCACUGCAAAUGAUAAACAACAUCUGGAGUCUGAUAGACCAGGUUCAACAUCGCCUAGCACACCACUUAAAAGUUCCAAGCACUUGAAUGCACACAAUUCAAUGGGACUGGACAAUACACCUAACAUGCUAUCACAGAUGAUGAGUAAAAUGAUGUCCACCAAGAUGCACAAUCCAUUAGUAGGACAUCCACAUAUGCAACAAGCUUUCAAUGGUCCAUUGCCUUUGCUGCAACAUAUGCCACAGUUGCAAGGUGAUCAUACUGGAUCUAAUCAUAUGCCACACUCAGCAAUUAGCAAUGCCACCGCCAUGUACUUGGGACAGCAAUUCUUUUUCGAGCAGGAAGCACGUUUGGCAAAAGAAGCUGCUGAGCAACAGGAGCGUCAACAACAACAGCAGCAACAGCAACUGCAACAACAGCAGCAGCAACAGCAACAGCAGGAGCAACAAGAACAACAACGCCGCUUUGAACAGGAGCAGGAACAGCGUAGAAAAGAAGAACAGCAGCAGCAACAACAACAGCAGCAAGCUCAACAACAAGCACAACAGCAGCUACAAAGACAACAACAGUUGCAGCAGAUGCAACAACAACAGCUAGAACAAAAUAAUCAGACAACACCACUGAACCACCGCCCGCAAUUGCACCACAAUCGCUUACAACAGCGGCACCAGAACCAUGCUGCACUGAAAUCUGAACUGACUGAGAAAUUCAACAUGCUGCGGUCCAACUCCAACUCAAUAAUGCGUAUGUCCGGCUCCGACCUCGAAGGACUAGCCGAUGUGCUGAAAUCAGAAAUUACAACCUCACUCUCGGCAUUGGUGGACACAAUAGUAACACGCUUCGUGCAUCAACGCCGUCUCUUUAGCAAGCAGUCAGAUUCAGUGGCUGCAGCUGCUGAACAACUUAACAAGGACUUACUAAUGGCAUCGCAAAUUCUGGAUCGCAAAUCACCCCGUACCAAAGUUGCUGAUCGAACCCAAUCGAAUAAUAAUAUCAGCAGCGGCAACUCCAGUUCGGGACAGUCGACCUCAAACAGCAAUAGCAGCAUCAACUCUGCCACAAAUCAAUCAGGUAAUAAUGGUUCUCUACUUCUAGCUAAUAAUGUAACUUCAACUAAACAUACUAACAACCAAAACUCCAAUAACAAUCAUUUAAACCACUUACAGUCCACUGUAAGCAAUGGCCCCCAAAUGCUCGCUGGCAAUGGCAGUGUAAAUAUACCUCAACAUACACUAGCCAAUAGCCAGAAUUCUGCUAUGGUCACACAUAAUGGCAAUCAAGCAAAUUCGCAACACGCACAGCAAAUAACCAAUAUGUCUGUGAUGAAUGCGCAAAAUUGCCAAAACCUCAUUGCUGCGCCACGCCUCAACGGCAGUCAAUUGUCAUUUCCAUCGCCAGCAGCAGCAGCAGCUGCAGCGAUGGGUCUACAAAUGCAUCACGCAGCGGCCGCCGCAGCAAUGUCAGCGGCUGCUGCUAACCAACAAAAUAAUAACCAACUCCAAACAGAUAAUGCUGUCCAAAAUAUGAACCCUAUUAACCCUAAUAAUACUACUAACAAUAGCUUAAAUACCAUUAAUAUACCACCUCCUCAUAUACGUCCUUCGCCCACAGCAGCAACAAUGUUUCAGACACCGAAGACGCCACAAGGUAUGAAUCCAGUCGCUGCUGCCGCACUUUAUAAUUCAAUAUCUACAGGUGGGCCAAAUCAAAUGAAUCCAUUUUGUUUACCAGAAACACAACAACAACAGCAGCAACAACAGCAACAGCAGCAACAACAACAGCAGCAGCAACAACAACAACAACUGGAACAAAAUGAAGCACUCAGUUUAGUAGUUACACCCAAGAAGAAACGACAUAAGGUAACAGAUACACGUAUCACACCGCGCACCGUUAGCAGAAUUUUAGCACAAGACGGUAUUGUACCACCUAAUCCUGCCGGUCAGAAUGCUACCAAUGCCAUGUUAGAUGGUAAUGGUAAAUUCAAUUCAAUGAAUGUGCAACCUAACAACCAACAACAACAAGGCCAACAGAAUCAAAAUCAAGGCAAUUGCAAUACAAAUAAUGCCAGCCUCAAUACAGCUGGAACACCCGCCAAUAUGAAUAUGUGCAACUCAAAUAAUGCCAAUAAUACAACACCCGCGCAAAGUCCUUCACCACGUGCACAAGCACCAACGUAUCCGCCUCCACCACCACCACCAAUGUUGCCCGUCUCAUUGCCAACCUCAGUGGCAAUACCUAAUCCUUCACUGCACGAGUCGCAAGUCUUCUCACCAUAUAGUCCAUUCUUUAAUCCUCAUCCACCGCAUGCACCACCGCCACAACCUCAACACGGUCCGCAUAGUGGUACGCAUGCAACGCCAACAGCCGCACAAAUGCAUCACCUAAAGAUGUCAUCCAGUCCACCAGGCGGACUCGGCAAUAUGAUGGAUUCACGCGACUCACCGCCACUGCCACAUCCACCUACAAUGCUACAUCCCGCCUUGCUAGCAGCCGCACAUCAUGGCGGUUCACCCGACUACAGCGCACAUCUGCGUGCAGCAAUGGACGCACAAGAUCGCAACUCCGACUGCAAUUCAGCCGAUAUGCAAUUCGAUGGCAUGCAACCAACAAUAUCCUUUUUGAAGCAGCAAAUGAUCAAAAACGAAUCCCUGUCACCUUUGCACUCGUCGACAUUAACUCCAAUGCAUCUGCGUAAGGCCAAGCUGAUGUUCUUCUGGGUGCGUUAUCCCAGCUCAGCUGUACUGAAGAUGUAUUUCCCGGAUAUCAAAUUCAACAAAAACAACACAGCACAAUUGGUGAAAUGGUUCUCAAACUUCCGAGAAUUUUACUAUAUACAAAUGGAAAAAUAUGCGCGUCAAGCUGUUACAGAAGGCGUUAAGUGCGCUGAAGAUCUUCACGUUGGUGGCGAUAGUGAAUUGUACCGAGUACUUAAUUUACACUAUAAUCGCAAUAAUCACAUUGAGGUGCCACAAAAUUUUCGCUUUGUUAUUGAGCAAACACUGCGUGAAUUUUUCCGUGCAAUACAAACCGGCAAAGAUACGGAGCAAUCCUGGAAGAAACCAAUUUACAAAAUAAUAUCACGUUUGGACGAUCCUGUGCCCGAAUAUUUCAAGUUACCAAAUUUUCUGGAACAAUUGGAAUAAAUUUAUAAGCAAAAAAAAUACAAAACUAAACUUGAACAAAAAAAUCCUAUAAAAAUAUGAACCCAAAUAUGAACUUGAAAUGCUUUUCCACGGAUUUGAAUAAUAGCAACAAAAUUAUCAUAGCGACCAACUAUAUUAGAGGCAAUAAUUUAUAUAUAAUUUUUUAGAAAUUAUACAAAAGCAAAAAAAAAACUUGACUUACACAAAACUCAAGUGGUUCGUUUUCAGGCAACCAAAAAUAUUCGAACCAUUUGUUUAGGUUUGCUUUAAAGGAACAACUUGCAAUUAAUUUUAGUGUGCCGACGUUCAAAAGUAUAAUAUUUUUAAGAAACCAAAAAGAAAAAAGAAGAAAUUUUGAAUACGACAAAAAAAAUACCUUUUUAAGAUAAAUUAAGCUGAAAAUGACUGCAAGAUUUAUCGACGAUAUACUCGCGUUUAGGCCUUUAAAUC